AUGAUUGUACAAUAUAGUUUAAUAUGCAUAGGAUCCAAGGAAUGCAAAAAUAUACAAAACUGCAAAGUGAAACAGUCACAUAAGAAGGCGGCGGCAGCUCCAUGUUUCACUACAUGUUAUCCCUUAUCUUUCGGACGUGUUCUUGCCUUGGCACUUUUAAUUAAAUUAAGUCUUGUAAUGCAGAAAACAGAAUAUCUUCCUCCUCUCCAUCAUUUUCAGAUCUCAAUCAGACACUUUAGCCUUUAA